AUGGAUUCAUUAGUACCUGAGACAAGGGUUCUGGCUGUUGCUAGCCAUGUUGUCUACGGCCAUGUUGGAAAUACAAUGGCAACAUUCGUCAUGCAAUCCCUCGGCUGCGAAGUCGCCGCAUUGAACACUGUCCACUUCAGUAACCACACAGGCUAUCGCCAAUUCAAGGGAACCCGUGCCACUGCACAGGAAAUUUCAGAUCUCUACCAAGGCCUGUGCCAGAGUAAUCUCACAGACUUCGAUGUCAUGCUAUCGGGUUACGCCCCGAGUGCAGCAGCUGUGGAAUCAGUAGGCACCAUCGGUAUUGAUCUGCAAGAGAAGGCAGAGAAGAAGCCCGGGUCAUUCUUCUGGGUCCUGGACCCGGUCAUGGGCGACCAAGGCCGGCUAUAUGUCAAUGACGAUGUAGUCCCCGCAUACAAGAAAAUCAUCCCCUUUGCGGAUCUGAUUUUGCCUAACCAAUUUGAAGCAGAGACCCUCUCCGGCAUCAAAAUAACUUCACUAGCCACCCUGGCUUCAGCAGUAACAGCCAUCCAUAAGCUCUACUCAGUUCCGCACGUGAUAAUCACUUCAGUGCAACUUUUCAAACUCUCCCAAUCAGGCGCAACCCCUUCGCCACCAGAGAAUUUCCUAACAGUAAUCGGCUCGACCAUGCGCUCCGAUGGGGUCCCGCGACUCUUCCGCGUUGACGUGCCCGCAUUAGACUGCUUCUUCAGCGGGACGGGCGAUAUGUUCGCGGCGCUGACCGUCGCGCGUCUAAGCGAGGCCGUUUCCGCAGUGGAGGGUCUGCGCACGACCAAGUCGUGGGUUUCGCCUGACGACGUUGCCGCUACGGAUCUCCCGCUAGCUAAGGCGACUAUCAAGGUUCUAUCUAGUAUGCAUAGCAUUCUAGAGCGGACGCUAGAGAGUCGUGAUGCGGAGCUAGCAAUUGCUGUGCCUGCGUCGGAGGGAGAGGCUUCAGCGGAGGAAUUGGAGAAGAGGGAUUAUUUGCGUAGGACUAAGGCUGCUGAGGUUAGGCUUGUGAGGAACACGCGGUUUUUGCGGGAUCCGAAGAUUAUAUUUGAGGCGUUGGAGUGGAAGAAGGAGGAUCUUGCACCAAGGAAUACGCCAUAA